AUGGCAGAUGAAUUUCAUGCCGGUAUUCGUGACGGAGCGUGGUGGGAUUCGACGAGACCCGAGUUAACAGGCUGCUCUCCGCCGUGUUCCGUGACGAUUGCUGCUGCUGUGGGAAGCUUCGGACAUGGCACUGAUACGGUUGAUAUCAAUCUUCGUCGUCAUCGGAAGCUUCGGCGAGCUGGUUCAGAUAGUGGCGGCACUGACAGCAGUAUUUUGAUUGAUUCUAAUCCACAAAUGAUGGGUUUUGGCCUUCCAUCAUUGACAACUUCGGACUGGAACUUGUCAGUGCUUCGGAGUAAUGGGAGAACCGAGAGCUAUAAUUUGAUUCGUCAAGAAGUUAAUGAUCAAGAUUUUCCAUCGGAGCAGCCGAGAUUGAAUUCGACGGCCGGCUCCGGUAAUAGUAUACCGACGUGCUUGGGCUUAUCAGCAGGGUCUCCAAUGGCUUCGGUAUCGUAUGAGUACCCAUCAACACUGUUACAAAGUUUGUUUGAAUCCGAUUCCGAUCCUCGAACUCCACAUCAAUCCCUUUUCAACAACCCGUCGUCGACCGGCUUUACGUCGUCGGCAACAUCCAAUUAUGGGGCAAACGCUAAUGAACUAUCACCUUUCAUAAGGCCAUCGUCGCCGGAGCUGCAACCAAGUAGCUUGCAGUUCUCCAAUAACACACCCUUUUGGAACGCCGCUGCCAUGGCCAUAAAUGACGUCAAAACCGGUUUUUUACCGUCGCCGAAAUCACAGUUUUCCGAUGAAGUUCGAAACAUGGGGUCGGAGACGAAGAAAGGAAGCAGUGAACCUGCAUUCAAGAGGCCAAAGCUUGAAACACCAUCUCCAUUACCAACUUUUAAGGUUCGGAAAGAGAAGCUAGGGGACCGAAUCACUGCGCUCCAGCAGUUGGUUUCACCUUUCGGAAAGACUGAUACCGCAUCAGUUCUACAUGAAGCCAUUGAAUACAUCAAGUUCCUUCAUGAUCAAGUCAAUGUUCUAAGUACUCGAUAUGUGAAGCAAGCAUCAGCUUCCAUACAACAAGAGGUAUAUGAAAAAAGAACAGAUGAGCCAAAACAAGAUCUAAGAAGCCGAGGGCUAUGUCUAGUGCCGAUAUCGACCACAUUUCCUGUUACCAAUGAGACCACAGCUGAUUUCUGGACGCUAGCUUUUGGUGAAACAUUGAGAUAAAAGGAAGUGGCGGUCCAAAGAUGGUCGACAGACACCAACACAGUGUGGUGCAACUGCUGGGCCAGCUGCUUCGAAGAGAAUGAUAGCGAGCAAAGCCUUUGAUAGUUAAAAGUAAAUAUA